CCCGACUCCCGACCAGAACGAACAACUUUACCCUAAAUCCCUAAUCCCCUUUGCUAUCCCCCUUUCCGGCAGCUCACCGGCUCACCCACAAUUGCCGCUGCCCAUCCUUUAUUUUAUUCAUCCGACAACCACGAAUUGAGAGAGAAAGUAAGGAUAUCUCAUCGCAGGUCGUUGCUUUUCCGAUUAGGGUUUUCCAACAACAAUGGCGGGGAAUUCUGGCUGCAGUGUCUACAUAGGUAAUUUGGAUGAGAGGGUAAGCGACAAAGUUCUGUACGAUAUUCUUAUUCAAGCAGGGAGAGUAGUGGAUUUGUACAUUCCUCGAGACAAGGAAACUGAUAAGCCCAAAGGUUUUGCCUUUGCUGAAUACGAAACCGAGGAGAUUGCCGAGUAUGCUGUGAGGCUUUUUUCUGGCCUUGUUACUCUCUACAAUCGAACCUUAAAAUUUGCGAUUUCUGGGCAAGACAAGGCUUUGCAGAAUCCUCCGAAUGCAGCCAUGGCUGCAUCCAAUUCAUCCCACAAGUCGAGGCAUAACUCUGGGGUACUUAACCAUAUGGAAAUCUCUCAGCAGCCAAUGAGGUUAUCAACCCCUUGCAGGAUUCCAGAUAAUCCUUUGCAUUACUCCCAAGUGCCACCUCUCCCUGGUGUAUCUCACCACUCUAAUGAGUAUGGAUCACAUUUCAAUGGUACCAAUUAUGAAUACAGUCGAAAGGUUUUUGGGGCAACAUUGGAUAGCAUUGGUCGCCUUAGGUCACGCCGCUAUGACACAAGUGACCCUGUUUCAUUUUCCUAUUACUGAUAUUUAUUAUGACAAGUGUGCAAGUGUAAAAUUCUUGCCUGUUGCACUAAAAAUUGGUUGACCGUUGUAGUCAUUCAGACAAGAUAGGUGGUAUAGUUGUAUGUGAGAGGAAGUGUUGGAGUAAUUAUAGGUUGUAAGUUAUUUCAUAGGUGCCUAGCAUUGUUUGUUGUGUCGUACAUACUUGAGCUUCAUUUUGUUGUGGUGCUAAUUCAUCUUUCUCUCGCUUUCAGAUGUUGUAUUUGGUUCCUUUUGGAUAGUUAUGGUUACUUUUCUAUUUAUAAGUUGAGAACAAAAAUGGAAAUAGCAAAUUACUUUGUUCUUGGUUGCA